GGGCGGGGCCGCCGCGGCGGAAGCAGGGGAGGACGGCGGGGGCGGGGGCCUCUCCCGGGAGCAAGGCCCUUUGAGGAGGCUUCCUCCGGGCGGAAAGACGAAGCGAGACUCCCCGGGGGAUCCCCCACUCCACCCCAACCAGGGAGCGGGUCGCGGUUGCACGGGCCCCGGCCCAAGAUGCGGGUUGCUAUAGCAACCAGCGGGGGUGGCCAACUUGUCCAGGGUUGAAGGCGCCCCGCACAGCACUCUCCUGACCAGGCCCAGGCAUGCCCGUCCUUGUAAGGCAAAAACUUCGAUGGGAGUCUACCUCCCUAAAGCCUCGUGGUGGAACAGCUGUUUGACGCAUUCAGAAGAAAGAAUGAGAGCCCUGUGGAGGAACGCGAUGUGAAUGGAAGAGACCUGUCAUUAUGCAAACAGUACAGCACUCUGAACAGACUCUAAAAACAGCUCUCAUCUCAAAGAACCCAACGCUUGUGUCACAGUACGAGAAGUUAGAUGCUGGUGAAAGGCGUUUGCUGAACAAAGCCUUCAAGCCAGACAAUGAUCUGUUUGGACCCAUUACCUUGCAUUCGGAAUCAGACUGGAUCAUCUCCCAUCCUGAGGUUCCCCAAGACUUCGAGCAGUUUUUCAGUGAUCCUUCUAGAAAGGCCCCAUCUCCAGAGAAACGCAGUGUCUAUAUACAGUGCAUUGGCUCUCUAGGAAACACCAGAAUUAUCAGCGAAGAAUAUAUUAAGUGGCUCAAGGGCUACUGUGAAGCAUUUUUCUAUGGCUUGACAGUGAAACUCCUAGAACCGGUUCCUGUCUCUGUAACGAGGUGUUCCUUUAGAAUCAAUGAUAACACACACAACCUACAAAUUCAUGCAGGACACAUCCUGAGGUUCUUAAAAAAGAAGAAACCUAGAGAUGCCUUCUGUAUUGUGGGAGUAACAAUGAUUGAUCUUUACCCACGAGACUCCUGGAAUUUUGUCUUUGGACAGGCCUCUUUGACAGAUGGUGUGGGGAUAUUCAGCUUUGCCAGGUAUGGCAGUGAUUUUUAUAGCUCACGCUAUGAAGGCAGAGUGAACAAGCCGCAGAGAGUAUCUUCAAGUGACUAUUCCAUUUUUGAUAACUAUUAUAUUCCUGAAGUGACCAGUGUUUUGCUGCUUCGUUCCUGUAAGACUUUAACCCAUGAGAUCGGACACAUAUUUGGACUUCGACACUGCCAGUGGCUUGCAUGCCUCAUGCAAGGCUCCAACCACUUGGAGGAAGCGGACCGGCGCCCCCUCAACCUUUGCCCUAUCUGUCUGCGCAAGCUGCAGUGCGCCGUAGGCUUCAGCAUAAUAGAGAGAUACCAAGCGCUGGUGAGGUGGAUUGACGACGAGACUGUUCACACCCCCGGAGUCAGCACAGAACACAGUCGGGAGCAUGAUGUGAAUUUACCCAAACCCGUGGAAGCCUUUAAGGAGUGGAAGGAGUGGAUAAUAAAAUGCCUUGCUGUUGUCCAAAAAUAAGGACCUUCACAUAGGAGUAAUGACAGUAAACACCUGCACAUUAUGCUUUCAUCUGGAUGCUGUACUAUGUUAGAAUAAACUCUACUGACUCUGCCCUGUGCCAAGUAACAGAAUGGACCGUUCUUUAAAGCACCUGAACUCUGAAAUGAGGCUUAUUUGGAAAGCUGGAAACUAUAAACCCUCUCUCUUCUGUCUUAGUAGCCUGGUCCGUGGUAGUGAGCCCAUCAUUUCCAUUCUUGAAAUAUGUUUAUGUCUCACAAGAGAGCCAGGAUGAGCAGAUAAGUAAGUAAAUAUUAUAAAAUCGCUGUAUAUGUCCCCAGAAAGGAUUUCCAAGGAACAUCAUUUCCAGGGGGUGGUUUUUGGUUCACUUUUUAGAAGAGGUGCCCCGCCUCCUGUAGACCCAGGCAAGUCACCUCCUC